CACACACACACACUGGGUGGAUUUUGUCAUUAUUAGAGUGGUUGUGUACACACACAGCCAACACACAUUUCAGUUCAAACAAUAUGUAAAAGUGAAUUUUGCAUCCGAUGACCCCUUUAAACUUAUUAUUCAUUGUAUCAACAAUGUAGCAUAGCACAGCAAAUCAGGCAAUCUAAGAUUCAAACAGAACAGUGUUGAAACACAAAGAGCUCACUGUAAAAAAUGUACUGUAGAAUUUACAGGAUUUUACUGGCAAAAAAAAUAUUUCCAAUAAAAACCUGUAAAAAUAAUGUUAAUUGCCGUAAAAUGGAUUACAGUAUAUUACUGCAAAGCAAAUUACAGUUAAUUGCUGCAUGUGAAAUACAGUAAUUUGUAGUAUUUUUUUUACAGUAACAUUGAAUUAAACCUUUUACAGCAAUAUUUUGUAAUUUCAAUAAAGUACAGUAUUUACCUGGGAACAAAAGUUGCCUAUAAAAUCCUGUAAAUACCCCUAAAUCCAAGAUGAUAUUGUAAUAAUUUUAUACAGUAUACAUAAUUUUAACAGUAAAAUACUGAUAUAAAUGCAUUGUCAUGAGCACUAUCUUAAUACAUUUACAAAUGAAUAAAAACCAAGUCAAAGAUGUUGCAAAUAAGUAUUUAUUAAAACUGUCAGAAAGACAUUACAUGGCUUUUACUGGUAAAAUAAAAUGUUCAGUCUUUCAACAGUUAAAAUCUUAUCAUAAAAAUAACAUAGCAUCACAAAAUAAUAAUAAAAAAAACCUGUAAAAAAAAAAAAAUCAUAUUCGGAGUAGAACAUUAAAUUCAAUCAACAGAAUUUUUAUAAUUUUGGUUAAAAAAAAAUGUCUUAAAGAAAAGGAUUAAAAUAAAACUUUGGAAUCAACAUUAAAUCACAAAUUCUGUUGUUUGAGCUUAUGUUCUAUUAAAUUAAGAAUAUUCCUGCAAAAGACUGCAAUACAUACUGAAAGUCCAUCAACUUUCUUAGAUGAGCACACACAAGGGUUGUCCCUCUUCUCUGAGACCUUUCCCCUUGUUUUGCCUCUAUGUAUCCAUGUUGUAUCCAGUGAGUGUUGUGAUUCCAAGAAAACAUCUGCACAUAAAAACAAACAGAAGCUUCAGGAGAAAGUUAAGUAUUGAAUGAAACUAGCUCAAUAAAAUAAAUGCCAAAAUGCCACUUUUACAAUACAAUCAGCAUUUACCAGUACUACUUAUUCAAUACAGCGAGGUGGUCUUUCUGCUGGACCACCUUCUGUCGCACCUCCUACGAUGCCUGUGGUGGACUGUGCAUGGCAAGGGCGUCCUCUUCCCUGAGGCAGGCCUAAACUUGACCGCAUACCACGUGGUUUUGCUGCAGGGUCUUCAGCUGGGGAUCACCACUCAUUGACGUUUCCAGGGUACCCGCGGGGUCUUAAAAGCAUUGAAAAAGUCUUAAAUUUGAUAAUCUAAAAUUAAGGCCUUAAUAGCCUUGAAUUUGGUAUACAAAGUCUUGGAUUUCGUUACAAAGGUCUUAUUUUUAUUUUUUUUAUUUUUUAACUUUUCCUAGGAUUAAGUUCAUACCGUAACAAAAUGAACUGUUACUAGUGUAGGCUAAUUAAAAAUUCAUGCAGCAUAAUGUUGAGUGCACCUCGCGCUCUACGUCAUAGCAGUAGGCGCGAAAGCUCGCGCACCCGUUACUAUGGUUACUAGGCAAGUGAGGUAAAUUACAGAACAAGAUAGUAGCUAGCCUAGUUUGUCGGCUAAAAUGGGAAAGUGUCGGUUUAAUCCGCUGUGGACAAGGAAUCCGAAUUACGUUUGGGUCAAGCCUGUGCCAGGAAAUUACCGCAAGGCCUAUUGCUGUUGGUGCAGGAAAUUUUUUAAGCUAGCGACAAUGGGUGUUACGGCCCUGGACUCCCAUAUGAAGGGUGCCAAACACACCGUGUGUAGCACUGGUCGCCAGCGCCAACCACCUAUUGGCCCGUUCUGUGCACUGCGGAUCUCUUCGGUUACUGAAACAGCUCUGACUAUCAAUAAUGAAGACAUUUCUACAAUAGAAAUGCCACCACAGCCAAGGAACAUUCUAUCGUACUGUGGCUCGACACCAACUCUGCGGGCAGAGGUGAUGUGGGUCCUUAAAACAGUCUCUGAGCACCACUCUUACACUUCAAAUGAAAACGUUACAGAGAUUUCUAAAAUCAUGUUUCCUGACUCCGAGGUUGCAGCUACAUUCUCGUGUGGAAGUAACAAAACGGCAUAUAUUACUAAAUUCGGAUUAGCUCCCUUUAUAACGAAAGAACUGACUGACCAUGUCAAUAUGUCCAACGGGUUUGUGAUCAUGUUUGACGAGAGUCUCAAUAAGAUCACGAAAAGUAAGCAGUUGUACCUUUAUAUUCGCUACUGGGUGGACGACCACGUCCAGUCAUGAUACUUCGGCUCGCAGUUCAUGGGUCAUGCAACGGCGGUGGACUUGCUCAAACAUUUCAAAGAGUGUGUAUGUGACCUUGACUUGAGGAAGAUGGUCUCUGUGUCUAUGGAUGGACCCAAUGUUAAUUGGCGUUUUUUUGAGAUGCUGCAGCAGGAGCAUGCAGAGCAUUUUGGGGGUGCUCAGCUGGCAGUGGUGGGGAGUUGUGGCCUGCAUACUCUCCAUAAUGCUGUCAAAUGUGGAUUCACCGACUGGCAUAUGGAGAAGUUCCUAAGAGCUCUGCAUACAAUUUUUCACAAUGUGCCAGCAAGAAGGGAGGAUUUCUGUAAUCUCACAAAGUCCAAAAUCUUCGCUUUGCCUUUUAGUGGUCAUCGCUGGGUCGAGAACCUCCCUGUGGCGGAGAGGGCCCUUGUCAUCUGGCCAGACAUGAUGAAGUAUGUUGAGGCUGUUAGCACCAAAAAGCUUCCUAACCCUGGGACGUCCUCCUAUGAUACCAUUGUGGUGGCAACCAAAGACCCUCUCAUUCUGGCAAAGCUUCACUUUUUCAUGGCAGUGUGUCGAAGUGUAACACCUUUCCUCACCAGAUACCAGACUGAUGAGCCUGUUCUGCCUUUCAUUGGUAAUGACUUGGCUGAACUGCUGAAGAGUUUGCUGAGGCGAUUCAUCAAACAAGAUUGCGGAGCAUCUGAGGAGGGAUGCAGACAAGAUGGCAGAGGAGGCUGAGGGCAAACAAGGCAGAAAAAUGGCAGAGCUAAUUGCCAAGUCAAACGCGUUGAGAAGAAGCUACAAGCAGAAGUUGACAGAACUUGAGAGCCUGGGCGAAAAAAUUGCAACCAAGGCAGCAGAGCUGCGAAGGCUGUAGUGUUCAACACCAAGUUCAAAUCUAUUUGUUUAUUACAAAUCAAAUGUGUUAUGCUGUUGCAUAUGUAUUAAAUAUAACUGAUAAUUUAAAUAAAAUGUUUUAUUUAAUUCAAGUAGCCUACUUGUACAUAAUUAUUUUCUAGGGUUCAAAAUUUAUACAGAUUUGACAUUUUCCCCUCAUACUUCUGUCAGAAUGGGUACGAAGUUGGCAUUGAAUUUCAUUUAAAAUGGUAUUAAAAAGGUCUUAAAAAGCCUUGAAUUUCAUUUGGAGGAUCCUGGGGGUACCCUGGUUUCGCACCUUAACCCAGAACAUCUCCUGGUGUCGUGGCAGUGAACCCCCUGCAGCAAACAUUAAUUAGAUGUUACUCCCCAAGCUUUGUCUCGUCGUUUCAGCCAGAGCCAGUGGCUUGCUUUCUCCGCUUCCUCAGAGAGCUCUUUGGUGGAUCUGCUCAAUGUGGCUCCCCGUAGUCCCAGGUCCUUGAGCAGGCAUGAUAUUGAUCUGCCCACAAAGCCUCUGGCUUCCACCUCUACUGGGUACAGCCUCACGCUCCAUCCACUUUCUCUGCACUCCGCAACCAAGUCUGCAUACUUCGCCUUCUUUCUCUCGUAGGCAGCUUCCAGUCCCUCCUCCCAUGGCACUGUCAGCUCGAUCAGUAUCACUGACUUCACAGCUGCAGACCACAGCACAAGUCGUCUGGUCUUAAUGUGGUGCUGCAUAUCUCCUGUGGGAACUGGAGCUGCUUUCCCAGGUCUACGUCAAUCUUCCACACCGCCCCUGGUGUUAAUAGCUUGGCGGGUGGUCUCUUGCCGGUAUGCAUUGCAGGUUCCCCCCCUGAACUGGAUCCUGCAUCGACUCUCUAAUGGACACUGGUUAUUUCUUCUUUCAAAUUUUUUUAUUUAUAUUUACAUUUUAAAUCACAUACAACAAUCCCCCAACCCUCACCAUCAAAUAUCUAGAGUAGCGCCCAUACUGUCCAUCAAUUCAGAUAGGAAUUGUAAGUAGAAGGACCGAGCAGUUAUAUAUACAUGCCAACAUACAUCAACCUCCAAAGAAAAAGAAUAAGGGAAUAAUAAUAAAUGAAAUACAUUACAAAAAGAAAAGGAGAAAGAAGAAAAAA